AUGACUGCAGUUCCAGCCGACUCUGGAAAUGCACAGUCAAUCUCGCCUCCCUUGACAAUUGAUGUGCCAACCAUGCUUGCUUGUCAGCAUCUGGCCCGGGUGCUCGCCGAUGUCUAUUCAAACCCAAGUACAAUGAGGCCCUCCAUAAACGCUCUACUGGGAUGGUUGCAACACAUGAAGAUUCCCUUGUGGGCCAGAACAUUUGCUGGAGAAGCCCUCGAUGCCAUUAGCCCGUGGAUCAAGCCGAGAUGGAAGACGCUACAAUUGGUAUGGGGUCCCUUCUGGAUGAAAAGCAUGACCAGUGGUCUGGACACCCAGUGGAGAACAUUCCCUGGUAAUUUUCAUGCCAGUGACCAACGCCAAUUGACCCCAGGAUGUAUCAAUUUAGCCCCUUGUUGGUUCAUGCAAGGCCGGGAGCCACAUGGAUUACCACCAGCCGAUGGAUUCACCCCCGAGGUGUCGGCCGCCCUGAAAGGGAAAGGUGGUCCUGAGAUUAUGAUCUCUAUGCAUAUUCGGUUGCAAUAUAACUCGGGCGCUAUGGUCGGCUGCUCUGGCCACUUUGUCAGGCAUGGUGUCACAUACACCGGCGAUCACAUUGUGUGGGCUUGGUUCAUACAUGACAGCCUUCAGAAUUUUGUGGGGACACCUCAGCCAUCGUACGCAACUUACAUGGGUGUAGACUAA